AUGAUGGACUUAUAUAGAAAAUAUCCCAUCGAUCAAUGUGAACCUAUAAAUUAUUGUACAAAUAUUGAUGAUUUUCGUCCCGUGCAAUCUGCAUUAUUAACACGUUUUACAACGGCCGAUUGUUCCGAACUAUGGCGAACAACAAAUCAAGAUUAUGGAGCAUUUUACUAUCGUCAGUUACCUCAAUCGUGUAUACCUGAUAAUCUAAAAGCUAAAAUUUAUCAACGUCAAAGUCGUUUUCAAGAUUGGCUUUAUUAUCAAAAUUUAAUUAAAAAUGAUAAAAAUUGCAAUAAUCGAACAAUUUUUCCAUCUGACAAAAAUGAUACUGUACGUAUAACACAUCGAAAAAGAUGCUCGCCCAAAUUUCAUGAUACCUUCUGCGAUAAUCAACAAAAUCAAAAUACUUUUUCAUCGUGUGGUGAAGAUGGAUUAAUAACUGAAUUUAUUGUGAAAAAAAUACUGCAUAAAUUGCAAUGUUUAAUUGGUCCCGAUGAAUGUCAUGAUGUUGCUGCAUGUGCGCAAUUACUUGUUAGUGGAAUUCUAAGUCAAGAACCAUGUUUAUUGGCAAAUGAAAUUAUCGAUCGUGUCAUUAACAUUAUGAUUACUCCUCCAAAUAACAUUGAACAAAAAAUGUUCAAUCCUUGUUGUUCAUAUAUUUCAACAACACCAGUAUGCUGCCCGUCUCCUCAACUUGUACCUAAUAACUGCCAGACGACACAACCGUCUGAUAUAAUCAACAAUGAGCUUCCUCUCUGUGCAACUCUGAACACUACAGAUCCAUUGAUUAAUUGCAGUCAAACUACGCCGUUGUCGAAUGGUUUUGAAAAACUUAAUCAUCUUGAAAAUGCCAUAUCAAAAGUUUCUAAUAAUCUUGUUAAAUAA